GACUAAAAAUGAACAACUGUCUACUAAACAUAACCUAUAUUUAAAAGUUUAAUGUUUUUACUGUUCUCAUUUUUAUUAAUAAACUAAAAUUUUUAUUUAGAAUCAUAAAAACUAAUAUUGAUUUUAUUUAAUUGAAUUUAUGAGAUUUUAUAUUUGAUUUAUUAAAACAACAAAUUUUUUUGAGAUAAAUUAUUCUUUAACAUGGAUCAAUUAGCAGAUUCCGUUGUUGUAGUUAAAGCGAAACCAGUUCGUAAAGUAUUCAAAGCUCCAGUCAAAGUUAAUAAAAUACCUCAAUCACUACUUAAUGAUCCGUUAAUUAAUGCCGCCAUGUCGGCUUUGCCUUCGAAUUAUAAUUUUGAAAUACAUAAAACAAUAUGGAGAAUUAAAGAAAAUGGAUCAAAAAGAGUUGGGCUACAAAUGCCCGAAGGUCUUUUAAUGUUUGCCACUACUAUUAGUGACAUUAUAGAAGAAUUUACUGAUGCUGAAACUGUUAUUUUAGGAGAUGUAACUUAUGGUGCCUGUUGCAUUGAUGAUUUUUCUGCAAGAGCAUUAGAUAUUGAUUUUUUAAUUCACUAUGGACAUUCUUGUUUAAUUCCAAUAAACCAAACUGAAAGCAUAAAAGUUUUAUACAUAUUUGUUGACAUAAAAAUUGAUAUUAUUCACUGUGUUGAAUGUUUAGAAUCAACAAUACCAAUAAACAGUAAAGUAGCUCUCGUCAGUACAAUACAGUUUGUUGGAAGCUUACACGCUGUUGCGACAGAAUUAAAAAUGAAGGGAUAUGAAACAAUAAUACCUCAAUGUAAACCAUUAAGUCCAGGAGAGAUUUUAGGAUGUACAUCACCAAGGAUUGGUUGUGCAGAUAUAAUUGUUUAUAUAGGCGAUGGACGAUUUCAUUUGGAAGCAGUUUUAAUAGCUAAUCCCACGUUGAGGGCUUACAAAUAUGAUCCGUAUGAAAAAAAAGUUACUGAAGAACAUUAUAAUCAUGAAUUAAUGCGAAACUAUCGAAAGAAUGCCAUUAAUCAGUCAAUGAAUGCUGAAACAUUUGGACUUUUAUUGGGAACUCUUGGUCGCCAAGGAAGUAGAAGUGUUCUUUCGAAUUUACAAGAUCAAUUAAAAGUUUUAAAAAGGCCGAAUAUCAUUAUUUUACUUUCGGAAAUAUUCCCAAACAAACUAAAAUUAUUUGUUCAAAUAGAUACAUUUGUGCAGGUGGCUUGUCCAAGAUUAAGUAUAGAUUGGGGUGUAACGUUCGCAAAACCACUUUUAAAUCCUUAUGAAGCAGCUGUAACAUUAAGUAUGGCUAAUUUCAAUGAGGAUGAACCGUACCCAAUGGAUUUUUAUGCACAUGCUAGUCUUGGACCUUGGACACCAAUUCAUAAACCAUCUGAAUUAGAUAAACAAAUAAAUUCUAGUUGUGAAAAUUGUAGAAAAAGAAAAUAAGAAUUUUUUUAAACUAUUAAUUAAUGUUUCAUAUCUUUUUAUAUAUUAUAGUUUAAUUUAUUUGUUAUUUUAUUUAUUUUUAUUAAUUCUGUAAUUAUUUUCACAAUGACUAUUUAAUUUUCAUUAAAGGUCGAACGGUUUAAUUCUUA